CACAAACAACCACAAACAACGAACCAAUCCUGUCUUCUCUUGGUGCUGCGCCUGUCCUGCGAACAGACACGCGAACGAGGAAGGAGGGAGGCACACUCCUUCUUCUACUCUUCUUCUCCUCUCCUCUUCUCUCUUCUUCACCCACUUGGGGUAUGAUGGCACCGAUGAGAACGAUGGGGUGCCUGCAGGCACGUGGGAUGGUGCUGCUCCCCGUGCUGCUGGUGGCGGCGGCAGUGUGCUUUAUGCCGCUCAUCAGCAGCGUUGUUGGAGAGGUGACGCUGGUGGAGGAUGAUGCAGGUGCGUUUCACAUCAACACGAGCGAUCCAGCGAGCCAGCCCGUGUUUGUGAACGGCGUCAACGUUCAUGGGGCGCUCAGCACGCUCAUGAGUACCGUGUCGGAGCAGCAGAGGGCGAUUGACCGUGUCCGUGGCAAAGUGUGCACCCCAAGUGCCACGACGUUUGGCCAGCUUAGCUCAACAACAUACAAAUGGCUUGGUGCCGUGUUGGCCAACAACGGCCUGAUCUACGCUGCACCUCGGAACUCCCCUUCUGUACUCAUCAUCGACCCCAGCACCCACACACUCGACACAACCACGAUCUCCGGACUCGGAACAGACAUCCUAAAGUGGGCGGGUGCUGUGCUGGCACACAACGGCCUCAUCUACAUGUUCCCAGCAAACAGGGAGACGAUGCUCAUUAUCGACCCCGACACCAAUACCGCUGACACCACAAGCAUCCACUCGCUUGGCUCCGGUCAACGCAAGUGGUACAGCGGUGUGGUGGCUGACAACGGACUCAUCUUUGGCAUUCCAUUCGCUGCGGGCUCUGUGCUGAUCAUUGAUCCCAACACCAACACAGCCGACACCACAACAUUGGCUGGGCUGUCGAGCCAGGAAUACAAAUGGUAUGGGGGCGUGCAAGCAGACAACGGCCUCAUCUACUGCAUUCCCGUGGCAGCUUCCUCUGUCCUCAUCAUCAAUCCAGAGUCCUUCACAAUGGACCUCACGACAAUAAGUGGCUUUGGAUCGGACCUGAAAUGGUAUGGGGGCGUGCUCGCAGGCAACGGCCUGAUCUUCACAAUCCCGUUUCAUGCCACGACCACGCUCGUCAUCAACCCGACCACCAACAUCGCCGAGGAGCUGCCUGUUGCCCAGGGCUCAGGCCCUUCGAAAUGGACUGGCGGCGUGCUCGCACCCAACGGCAACAUUGUCGGCAUCCCCCUCGGAGCCUCAUCGGCUCUCAUCAUCGAUCCAAGUUCAAACACCACUGACACCACAAGUAUCGACGGUCUUGCUGGAUCCUACAAGUGGUUCGAUGGCGUGCUCGCUGACAAUGGCCUCGUCUAUGGCAUUCCGUUUUCGGCUGAGUCCGUCCUCGUCAUCGACCCCGGGUGCUGAUCUGCCCAUGCGUUCUCUCUUUUGUUGGUGACCUGGGGACCCUGUUUCUCGUCCGUUCGUGUGUGCGUUCGUUUGUGUUCGUUUGUUGGUCUUUUCCUGCGUGUCGUGCCGUGUGCGAAUGCGCUUUCCACCCUCGUGUUUCUCUUUUGGUUACUUGGUGUCAUGUUGGCACGAUCCUGUUGGAUCGCGGUUACGGCCAACACUUUCACUCCUUCCGCUUCUCGUGUGUUCUUCCGUUCACCUUGUUUCCUUCCGUUCACCGUGUUUCCUUCCGCUCUUCUUGCAUCUCUCCUGUCCCUCGUACUCCUUUCCGUUCCUUCCUGCUCCUUUCCGUUGCUUCCGUUCCCUGUUUGCCUCGUGUUGCCUCGUGUUUCCUUUUGUUCUCGUGUUCUUCGUCUUCACCUGUAUUGUUGUGCCAUCCACGCCACACACCGGAUCACUCAAUCAUCAUCAUCAUCAUCAUCAUCAUC